AUGCCACCAAAAAAAAAGGGAAAAGGAAAGAAGGGAAAAGGGAAAGGUGGUGAUGGUGACGAAAAUGAAGAUCGUUUAAAACAGAGUCAACAUGAAAUAGAUGCAUUAAAAGAUCAAAUGGCUUAUCGUCGUGAAAUUUCUCGCCGUUCACGUUCAAUAGCCGAUAAUUAUCGUGAUCAAAUUCAUGAAGCAGAAAAAAAUGUUCAAGAAUUAACGGCCGAUAUGAAAUCUAUAAGUUCCGGUUUAACUCAUCAAUAUAAAACAUUACAAAUGGAAUUAGGUUUGAAAAUUACCACAUUAGAGUUAGAAUUAGGUGCUGUACGUAAACAGUUAUCGAUAACUGAUCAAGAAUUAACAAAAAAUAAAGGUGAAAAAGAACAAUUAGUAAAAUCAAAAGAGUUACAUAUUCACGAUUUAGAGACAAAAAUUGCCAAUAUGGAAUUGUCAUUUGAGAGUAUGUUAGAUGGAGCAUUCAAUAGUAUUAUUCAACAAUUAAAUGAAGAGAAAAAAAUAUGGGAUAGUGAAGUGGAUGAUGUAUUUAGAGAUAAUAAACAAGCAUUGAAAAAUUUAAAUUUAUUGCAUUUAGAAGUUUAG